AUGAAUUAUUCUAUUAAUAAUAAUAGCACCAUACCAAAUAAAUUCAGUAAUGAUAAUCUUGAAUAUUUUUAUGAAACAAAGGAAUGGUAUUUAAAAUAUUUUAGUCGGUAUUGUGAAAAAGGUGAAAAACAAUGUCAACAUCCAAAUUUUAAUCAAACUACUCAUGAACAAAACGAUCAUAAAAUAAACAAGACAAAAUAUCAACAAAAUGAAAUAAUGGAAGUGGAACAACCGAAGGAACAAUUACCAUCACAACAGCAACAACAACAAAAUAUGUGGGAAACAUGGACAGAAGAAUGUGAUAUUAAGUUGAAAAUACGUUUAGCUGGUUUUGGGCAUUUAUGUAUUUUACGUGGUAAAAUGAUACUUGAAUCAUAUUUUUUAAUUUUAUCAAAGAAAUGGAUGAAAGCAGUAAUUGUCGGUGGAGAUGAAGUUAUGAUUCAAAUAAGACAAUCCAAUAGAAUCAAACGAUUUCGAAUGCAAUUUUUCAAUGAGACCGAUGCAAAUGAUUUUUUUAUGAAUUUAUCUAAAUUUGCUGCUACUAAUACUACCACUACUACUACUGCUACUACUACUACUAGUAAUAAUAAUAAUAAUACUUCAGUGAAUAGUAACGAAUUAGUAAAAAAGAAAGGUAAUAUAUCAACAGAAUCUAUUCUAAAUAAAAUGUUGAAUAAUCCUGUUCAAUUACCAGAAAGUUGGUCUACUGAAUGGCCAACUCAAAGUUUAGAAGGUCUUAUACGAUUAUGUUUGAUUGAUCCAAAUUUUCCAGGAUUCGUAAAUCGAAUUGAUGGUAUUAUGAAAAAAUUUACAUGUACAUUGAAUGAUUCAUCAUCACAGUAAUGAUGAUGAUGAUAAUCUUCUGUUUUUGGUAAAAAGUUGAUCGGAGAAAAAGAUUGGUUUAAUGUUUUUCAACUAACACAUUAAAUUGACCAAGUUUCUGUUUGUUUCAAUUAAUUAAAUGGUCGGUUGUAGUUAAUAAAAUCUUUAUUUGAA